AUGGCAAAAUCUCUUUCAACUAAUCCAGAGCCAUUAUCAUUUGAUGUUAUUCAUGAUAUUGUAAAACGUAAUGAUAAUACAAAAUAUGAUCUUGUUUAUCGUACAUUAUUAACUAAAUCAGAAUAUUUAACACUUAUACCAGAUAAUGAUAAUUAUUCAAUUCUUCAUUAUCUUGUUAUGUAUGGUUUAUUAGAUUUAUUUAAUAAAGUUAUAGCUAUACCAAAUAUACGUAUUAUUCUUUUAACAAAAACUGCAACAAAACCAGCAAAAGAUAUUCUUCAAAUAUCACGUGAAAAUCAAACAAAAUCAAGUACACAUAAAAAAUUAUAUGAAUUAAUAGAAAAUCUUGAUAUAAUGGAUAAAUUUGUUGAAUAUGCAAAAAAUAAUCAAAUAAAUGAAUGUAAAAGAAUGCUUCAACAAAAUGAAGAUUUAGUUAAUCUAAAACCACCAUAUAGAAAAUAUUAUUUAAUUCAUCAUUUAGCUUAUGCUAAUAAUAAAGAUGCAUUUGAUCAACUUCUUAGUAUAUGUAAUUUUGACAUGAAAUUAUUAACAAAUGAUAAUAAAACAGCAUCAGAAGUUGCUCUUGAACAAAAACAUACAAGAUUUGCUACUUAUUUAGAAUCUCUAUCAUCAGAUAUGCGUACUAUACGUGAAAAACAUGAUAGAGAAAAAGAAAAACGUAAUCAAGAAAAAAUGAAACAUGAUGAACAAAUUGAAAAACAAAUUCUAACAACAUCUGGUAGUAAUAUGUUAGAUUGUUUUACAUGUCCAUUAACAAAAGAAUUAUUUCAAGAUCCAGUUGUUUUAUCUGAUGGUUUUACAUAUGAAAGAUCAGCAAUACAAAAAUGGCUUGAUUUAGGUAAUCGACGUUCACCAAUGACAAAUAUUGAAUUAACUAAUAUUACACUUGAGAAAUUAUUCAAAAAUGAACGUAGAAUAAAUUUAUAA